GGAGUUAUGCUGAUAAUUUGAAAGUAAAAUAUCCUAAUGAGUAUGAUCUGGUAUUCCGUCUUAAGUUGCCGGAAGAAAAACGUAUACUAGUUGUAAAGGAUGAAAAAAUACCAGGAAAUGUAAAAUUGGAUUUAUCGCAGGUACUUAAUGUUAUUACGAAACAAAAGCAACAUGUAAAUACUUAUAAACAACUAAAAAAAAUGGUGACCGCCGAAUGUCUACUUUCCAUACAAUUACUGCAAAGUUGGUUAGAAAGCUGUUUUACAAAAGCGUUAGAUAAUAUGAAUAAAAAAAUAAUAUAUAAUGGUAUCACAGCGACUUUAUCGUACAGCAAACAAGGUCCAGCGCAUACAAUUUAUGUCAAAAAACCUUACACGUAUUCAGUGGAUUUUGUGCCAGCAAUAGUGUUAAUCAGUUCGAAAGCCAUUUUACCAAGGAUAUCCAAAGAUUGGGACGCCAUUCCUAAACCGUUAAAAUGGUUACUCAGUGAUACAUCAUUUCGUGCUUCAUACGAUAACCUAGAAACUGAAAUGAUUAAAAAUAAAAAAAAUUUAAAGAACGCUUUAAGGAUUAUUAAAAAAUUUCGGGAUAUACACACAAAUAUGCACAAUUUAAAAAGUUAUUACAUAAAAACUUUGUUUCUGUGGAGAGCAUCAAGAGAGCCGGGAAAGUUUUGGUACCAGCCUAUAGGAUUUGUUGUUAUACAAGUAAGUCUCAAAUAA